GGUUUGCGAAAUCUCCUCCCACCUCCGGAGAGUCUUUUGAACGAAAAUACCGAGGGCUUGUGUCCACUGGACCACCUUCCCAGGCAGCCGUUCUCCAAUCUGGGUCAACUAAUUAGACAGAGACGACCUUCGGAGGAGACGUUUGACGAGGUGGCUACUGGUGAGGAUGCGUACGAGGAGUUGGCUUCUGAGGACUCCUCGCCCACGAAUCCAUGA